CACUUGGGAGGAGACAGUGAACGCAGCACGUCAUUCGCCGCGUGGGCUCACAGCAUCACCACCGUUAGUUAACGGCAAUGUGAGUUAACGGGAAAGUUCACUUUGUGAAUUCAGCUGUGUGUCGAGACGGGGAUAGUUUUACCACGCGUGUGUUCCCAGACUUUCAGAAGCAAUGCCAGCCUGUGGUGGAGCCGUGCCAUAAACUAAAAGUUUCACAGCCAUAUUAGGGAGAAAGGGAUGUCGUCCAGAGGUUCACUGCCAUUCAAGUGGGAUUACCAUCAGUUAACAGGACAUCAGAAAAAAAUAUUGUGAAUCCUCUGACCCAGCACCUCCCCCAGUCAACCUCAGGCCCCUCCUGACUCAGGUUCAUCAUGGGACCUCUCCCCGUUCACCUUUCCGUACUCGUCUUGCUCCUUCUCUCCCUCCUCCUCCUGGCCCAACCCUGUAGCUCCUUCAGGCCCCAGGUUGUGGAGCGAGCCUCUGGCCCCGAGCAGCCUCAGGCCUCUGGUAAUGCAACGGGAUCUGGCAAGCGAACGUGUUCGGGUACUGUGGUGUGUAAGCCCGGAAUCGUGCUACCAGUGUGGUUGCCACUCAACCCUCCCUUGGGGGAGCAGGCAGGGAGGGCAGUCAUCUACUUCAUCUGUCUCAUGUACAUGUUCUUGGGGGUGUCUAUCAUUGCAGACCGCUUCAUGGCAUCUAUUGAAGUCAUCACCUCUCAGGAGAAAGAGGUGACCAUCACCAAACCCAAUGGUGAAACUACAGUAACAACAGUGAGAGUCUGGAAUGAAACUGUGUCCAACCUCACACUCAUGGCCCUGGGCUCCUCGGCGCCUGAGAUCCUCCUUUCUGUUAUUGAGGUGUGUGGGCACAACUUUGAUGCAGGGGAGCUGGGCCCAGGCACCAUAGUGGGCAGCGCUGCCUUCAACAUGUUAGUGAUAAUCGGUCUGUGUGUGUGGGUGAUCCCAGAUGGGGAAUCUCGCAAAAUCAAACACCUGCGAGUGUUUUUUGUUACGGCAUUCUGGAGUAUUUUUGCGUACAUUUGGCUCUACAUCAUACUGGCUGUCAUCUCACCUGGGAUUGUAGAGGUGUGGGAGGCUGCAGUGACGUUGCUUUAUUUUCCGGUGUGUGUUAUCUUGGCUUGGAUCGCCGACCGUCGCCUACUCUUUUACAAAUACAUUCACAAGCGUUACCGUGCUGACAAGAGGCACGGCAUUGUGGUGGAAAUGGAAGGUGACCUCGCCCCCAAAGGCAUUGACAUGAUCAUGGAUGGAAAGUUGUCAGAUGUCAGUUCGUGCCCUGGAAACUCCUCCAGUGUGACAGUCUCUGUGCAGACAGGCAGUGAACUAGACCAGAACAAAGAUGAGGUAGUCCGCAUCCUGAAAGACCUGAAGGAGAAACACCCAGACAAGGACCUGGACCAGCUGAUUGAGAUGGCCAACUACUCUGCUCUGGUUCACCAGAAGAAGAGUCGUGCCUUCUACCGUGUCCAGGCAACACGUAUGAUGAUUGGUGCUGGGAACAUAUUAAAGAAACAUGCUGCUGAGCACUCACGUCGCUCAGGCCAGGGGGGUGACAUGGCCACAUGCUCACACAUUUGUUUUGAAAGUGCCCAGUAUCAGUGCACAGAGAAUUGUGGUUCUCUGAGUCUUGGAGUUAUCCUUGAAGGGGGCACGGGCCAGAACACAUUUUAUGUGGACUACUGUUCCGAAAAUGGCUCUGCCAAUGCUGGAGCAGACUAUGAAUUCACUGAAGGAACCCUGGUCUUUAAGCCAGGAGAGACCCGCAAAGAGAUCAAGGUGGGCAUUUUAGAUGAUGACAUCUUUGAGGAAGAUGAGCAUUUCUUUAUGCGUCUUCACAACCUGAGGUUAGAAGAAGGUGGAAAUGAAGACACAGGAAGUCCACCCAAAGGUAGACUAGUUGAACCGCUGGUUGCCACCAUCACUAUCUUGGACGAUGACCAUGCUGGGAUCUUCACCUUUGGCCAGCAAGUUCUGCGAGUGAGUGAGAGCACUGGCACGUUGACAGUGACAGUGGUGAGGAACUCAGGCUCCAGGGGCACUGUUGCUGUGCCGUACCAUACAGAGGACGGGACUGCUAAGGCUGGAGUGGACUACGAGGAGACCAGAGGGGAGCUGGAAUUCACCAAUGAACAGACCAGUCAGGUCUUAAAGGUACAUAUUAUAAAUGUGGAGGAGUAUGAGAAGCAGGAAAACUUCUUCAUUGUGCUUGAGGACCCCAAAUGGUUGAAGCGAGGACUCUCUGCACUGCUGCUAAACCAGGGCAACCCCACCCCUGAAGAAGAAGAAGCCCGGAGGAUCUCUGAGAUGGGUAAACCCAUUCUAGGAGAGCACAGCAAGCUAGAAGUCAUCAUAGAAGAAUCUUGUGAAUUUAAGAACACAGUGGACAAACUCCUGAAGGACACAAAUCUGGCCUCAGUGAUUGGCACUCGCUCGUGGAGAGAGCAGUUUAUUGAAGCAGUCACAGUCAGUGCAGGUGACGAAGACGAGGAGGAAGGACAGGAGCAGCGAACACCGAAUUGCUUUGACUACUUCAUGCACAUAUUGUGCAUUUUUUGGAAGAUUCUGUUUGCCUGUAUCCCACCCACUGAGUACUGGAAUGGCUGGGCAUGUUUCAUGGUGUCAAUCUCUGUCAUUGGUUUCUUAACAGCCAUAAUUGGAGACCUCGCUUCCCAUUUUGGCUGCACAGUUGGCCUUAGAGACACUGUCACUGCAGUGGUCUUUGUAGCACUGGGGACUUCACUUCCUGAUACUUUUGCCAGUAAAGUGGCUGCCACUCAGGACCAGUAUGCUGAUGCAUGUGUGGGAAAUGUGACAGGAAGCAAUGCGGUUAAUGUGUUUUUGGGCAUUGGAGUGGCCUGGACUGUGGCUGCUGUAUACUGGGAAGUCAAAGGUAAGGUCUUCCGUGUGGACCCCGGCUCACUGGCCUUCUCCGUCACACUCUUCACCAUUUUUGCAUUCUUCUCAAUGGGAGUGUUAAUGCUGCGCCGCAGGCCGUCCAUAGGUGGUGAACUGGGAGGUCAGCGGAUCCCCAAAAUCCUCACUUCACUGCUGUUCUUUGGACUCUGGUUCCUAUACAUCCUCUUCUCCAGCUUGGAGGCCUAUUGCCAUAUACAGGGCUUCUGAGAGAGCACAGCUGGGCAGAGCAGUGACUCCACAACAUCAAACACUCAUCACAAGGACAUUAAGCUGUACAGUACGGUUACAGUAACUACUGCUGAGAUCAUCGCUUGACAGUUGCUGCCAUGGUUAUAGACACACUCCAGACUCGUACAUGCAAAUCUGUUAGUCACAUCCACUGCCGGACAGCUCCAGUCAGUACAAUUGACUGUGACAGCAAUGAAGUGGACUCAUAUAACAUGUACUGACUGUCUCUGAUACAUGGCCAGCAUGUACUCUGUGAAGUCACAGAUGCUAAUGCUUGAUGCCAGAUUUCAUUUUUUUUGUUCUUCUUUUUCCUCACACUUCAAAAGGCUGGCUCAGAUUAGACUGCCUAAUAUAGUAUUUAAAUCGGAAAAUCAAUGACAGCUGCUUUUACACAGAUGAGCAAUGUAACUGAUGAUAUACACCAAGCUGCCCAGAUACAGUAAGAUAAUGGUUGCAGAACACCAGUCUGUUUUGUGUUGUAGCAGGACACCUUUGAAUGUAUCAUCUUAUAUCAUGGCUACCACAGGCAAAAGUAGACGCUGUGUUAAAACUGUCAUCCAUUUUUAAAGUUAGUUUGUUGUCAGUAAGCAUUAACCCAUAAUCGGGUCUGUUUGAACAGUUGAGGUUAAUUGGUAACACAGGGCAAAGCAAAAGUACUGUUGCUAUGGCUACAGUUACCUCUAGAUUUUGUGCACAGAUUUAGCUCAAUAGUUAAACCGUUGACUGGAAGUGCUGUCUUGAGUGAGUUGUCUUCGUGUAUAAUUUUGAAUGGAACCGCCACAUAAUUAGAAGCAAGUGUUUUGGCUGCAGUAUAAAUACUGAGCUCAGUUUGGUGACUAAACUGCAGUCUGGGAGAUAAGAUGUGGUUGUGUAAUAUCUCUCACUGACAAUCAUUGUGCAUCUCUGUUGAGUUAUGUGACGCAAGGCAUUUAUUGUAAUGUAAUGCACCUAUUGAGUUUGAUCUCAGUAUAAGUAUUGAAAAUAGGAAUGAUCACAAGUGCACUACUUAUACCAAUAUUGAAAUGUAUAAUUCACAACGAAUUACACAGGGAAUGGAUUUUGUAAUAAGCUGAGGAAUAGUAUCUGCCAUUGAGUGUUUCUGUUUGAAAGUGAUGGUCCAUUCACCCUUGAAGUCUUAUCUGUUUAUUUGUCAAUGCUGCAAUUUAAUGUCUUUGUAAUUUAAUGUAUUUGAUCUGACAUGAACAAAAACAUAUUGUAAUUUAUUGUAAAUUGUCAUACCGAUAAUUACAUUGACAUUUUAAAUGAAUGUGUCGCCACUGGAUCCAUCACCUGCACUUGUUCUGCUGUAUCACUUUCUCAUUAGUGCACAAGAAGAAGACAGAUUAUCUUAAGACAUGCAAUUGAAGACAUUUGCUCUGGUUUGGGUCACACUCACUUUAAUACAUAUUAUGCCCUUAAAUUCUGAAUUUCAUGUUAAAGACAAAAAUGUUAUUUUAGGAUUGUGCAUCAACUUGUUUUUGUAGCAUACAGGUCAUUUUACACUAGAGGUGAAACAUGGAGCGGAAGUUUUUUUUUCUCCUGACCAUUUUCAAAGUUUUGGCAUUUGUAAUGGUCGUUUGGGAAUACAAAUAAACCACAUGAACAAGAAUGAAUAAGCAUCAGUAAAGCACAAUUUCAGCACUAUCUCAAACCCUAAGUGGUUGUAAAUUAUAUCAUAGAGUUUUGUUAACAAGGAGUGAAAGUACUGCCGUUUAGGUUAAUGUUUUAUAGUCAUGAGUGGCAGUUUGCUAACAGAUUAGCAAACAACUAUUCAAAAUGUUUAACCCAUGGUGGUGUCCACCGCCUCUAGUGGAGGCCGCCUUUGUGGACGUAAUACAUUCUAAGUCAGAG